AUGGCCGAGGUAUCUAAUACCCUGAUAUCCUCCAAAUCCUCACACUCCAGCCUCCAGGCUCUGUUACAUCCCCUCGUCCUGCUAAAUAUCUCCGACCACAUCACACGGCAUACGGUUCGACAGCAGAAAGGCCUGAUAGUUGGUGCGAUACUCGGACAACAGAAUGGCAGGUCCAUUACCCUAGAGCAUGUAUUUGAUUGCAACUUGGUCACCUCGGCGAGUGGGGAAGUGCUCCUACACCAAGCAUUCUUCAAUGAACGAUUACAGCAAUUCAAGGACGUUCAUAAAUCACCAGCUUUAGAUCUGGUUGGCUGGUUUACCGUCACACCUCCCUCUGGACCGCUACCCUCGCAGGUUUCCAUACACGAGCAGAUACUCCGCGACUAUAACGAAGCUGCUAUUCUUCUUGCAUUCCACUCCUCAGAUGUCGAAAACACGUCUUCGACAGUUGGGAAACUUCCCAUAUCCGUCUACGAAUCGGUCUAUGAAGGAGAUACUGCUGAUGACGGAGAUCGACCGAUGCAAGGAGAUGACCAACACAGAACUUUGACAUUGAAGUUUAGGCCUGUGCCAUAUUCAAUCGAGACAGGAGAAGCUGAGAUGAUAAGUGUUGACUCGAUUGCUACUGGAGGUGGUAAUGCAACUGCAAUCCUGGACAAGGAGCCGAGCAAGUCAAAGACCGAGUCCCUGGCCCAGGAUAAAGAGAAACGACAGAAGAUAUCAGAACCUACUGAAGACCUCGUUCUUUCGCCCGAAGAUGAAGACUUGAUUGCAAAUCUUACAACAAGACUGAGUGCUGUUAAAACCCUCCAGUCUCGCAUACACCUCAUAAAAUGCUAUCUUCAGUCAAUUGAAGAAUCCUCCAGAACUGAUACCUCCGUGGCACCACAAUCCCCCCCAAAGCCAACCCUUUCUCAUUCCCUUCUUCGCAGUAUCUACUGCGUUAUCUCUCACCUUGCUCUGCUAAACCCUCAAAGCUCAAAUGCGUUCUCAGUACAGUCCCUAGCCCAGGCGAAUGAUGUCCUACUUACCGCCUUACUGGGAUCCAUGGGGCAGAGUAUUCAUCAGAUGCGGGAAUUAGGAAAGAAAUUCGCUGUUACUGAAUCGGCAGGGCGCAACAACAGCAAGGAACCUCAACUUUCUAGCCGUAUGAGCGGGGACUUGUUCCAUCCCUAA